AUAACCUGUACGUUUUGUGGUAAUAUUGUCUUGCUCCACGUGUUUUUUUUGUUCAUUUAUGUUAAAUAACAUAUAUAUUAAAAAAUAACGCGUGUAAAUUAUCAUGCGAUAUUUUAUUGUUGAGAUUUUUGUGCAUUUGUAAAAAUUAUUAAGCGAUUUCAAAAUGGUGCUGUAUAAUUUUAAGAAGAUUGCGGUUGUUCCAACUGCAAAGGACUUUAUUGAUAUAAUUUUAUCAAAAACACAACGUAAAACUCCAACAGUUAUCCAUAAGAAUUAUAAGAUCGCAAGGAUACGUGCGUUUUAUACACGUAAAGUUAAAUUUACCCAACAGAAUUUUCACGAUAGAUUAUCACAAAUAAUUCAAGAUUUUCCUAAGCUCGAUGAUGUCCAUCCAUUUUAUGCUGACUUAAUGAAUAUCUUGUACGAUAAGGAUCAUUACAAAUUAGCUCUUGGACAAAUUAAUACUGCUCGCCAUUUGAUAGAUAACGUUGCAAAAGAUUAUGUUCGUUUGUUGAAAUAUGGUGAUUCGUUAUAUCGAUGCAAACAAUUAAAGAAAGCCGCCUUAGGUCGUAUGGCCACUAUUAUGAAGAGGCAAGCUUCCAAUUUGACAUAUCUUGAACAAGUUCGACAACAUUUGGCUAGAUUGCCAAGUAUAGAUCCUUAUACACGCACUAUUAUUAUUUGUGGAUUUCCAAAUGUUGGUAAAAGUAGUUUUAUAAAUAAAAUUACGCGUGCCGAUGUAGAUGUUCAACCAUAUGCAUUUACAACUAAAUCUCUAUAUGUGGGCCAUACGGAUUACAAAUACUUACGUUGGCAAGUGAUAGACACACCUGGUAUAUUGGAUCAUCCAUUAGAGCAGAGAAAUGUAAUAGAAAUGCAAGCAGUUACGGCUCUUGCUCAUUUACGUGCAGCUGUGCUUUAUUUUUUUGAUAUAUCCGAACAAUGUGGACAUUCUUUAGAAGAACAGGUUAAAUUAUUUGAAUCUAUCAAGCCUUUGUUUGCCAAUAAGCCAUUGUUAAUCGUAAUGAACAAAGUUGAUGUGACACGUUUGGAUGAACUUCCUAAUGAAAAACGCGAGAUCUUGAAACCAUUAGAGGCGGAUACAAAUGUGCCAAUAUUAGAAAUGAGUACCUUAACAGACUUUGGUGUUAUAGAUGUAAAAAACCAAGCGUGUGACCGUUUACUGGCUUUCAGAGUCGAUCAAAAGAUCAAGACGAAAAAGGUGGAAGGUAUAUUAAAUCGAUUACAUGUUGCUCAACCAGUACCAAGGGAUCAAAAGGUUCGAGCACCAUGUAUUCCAGAAAGUGUCUUGCUUAAGAAACAAGCUAUAGCUAAUAAAGCAGAACGACAACGAAAAUUAGAAAGAGAAAUAGAGGAAGAGAUGGGUGACGAUUAUGUACUUGAUUUGAAGAAGAAUUAUGACAUAGAAGGAGAUCAGAAAUAUGAUAUUAUACCAGAAAUCUGGGAAGGUCAUAAUAUAGCAGAUUAUAUCGAUCCAGAAAUAUUUGAGAAAUUAAAUCAAUUAGAACGGGAAGAACAAUUAAGAGAAGAAUCUGGUAUGUACGAUUAUAAAUUACCAGAAUUGACAGAAACUAUGCAGGAAAUCGUAGCAUUGGCUAAAAAGAUUCGUGAGAAGAAGAUAAUUAUGAAGGAUGAAGCUAGAAUACAGAAGGCAUCUACGAAACCUGUUAUGCCACGAACAGCUGCAGCUAAGGUACGAGACAGAUCUGUCUCCAAAUUGAAAGAACAAAUGGAAGAUCUUGGUGUUGAUAUGGAAGAUAGUGAAAAUGCACACUUUACAAAAAAGAGGAGUAGGUCUAGAUCACGUUCACUGAUAGCUAAUAAGAGAAUACGAACGGAAUCAGUAUCAUCGCGGUCACGAGCGCGUAGUGAAAUGGGCGUUAAAGAUCCUCAAAUGAAAACUAAGCUAAAGAACAUAGCACACAAGGCAUUGAAGAAGAAGGUGGCAAAGAAAGGUCUCAAGGGAGAAGCGGAUAGAUUUAUUGGCACAAAAAUGCCCAGACAUUUGUUCUCUGGCAAAAGAGGAGUUGGUAAGACCGAUAGACGGUAAACAAAUUCAUCCUAAAAUUUUAACAAUUAUUUCGUCUAAAGAAUAUGAUUUUAUAAUGAUAUAUUUCAUAAUAAAAUUAAAUGAAUUGUUAGAAGUAUUCUCGCAUAAUGUAAUCAAAAUAAAGAAAACAAAAUUUUUGUUUUUCUUUACAA